ACAAAAGGUAAAAAAUGGUUUGAUUUACCAGCCACAGAUUUAAGUGAUGAUAAAAAGAAGAGUUUUGAAAUUUUACAGAUGAGGAAAGCUCUUGAUCCUAAACGAUUUUAUAAGAGUAAUGAUUUAACAGAUUUUCCAAAAUACAGUCAGUUUGGUACUAUUGUGGAAGGUGCUGCAGACUUCUAUAGUGCAAGAAUACCCAAAAAACAAAGAAAACAAACAUUAGUUGAUGAAUUGUUGGCUGAUGCUGAAUUUAGAACAUACAAUAAGAAGAAGUUUGAAGAAAUCCAGUCCUCUAAAAGACGUGGA